AGGUCAUGGUCGACCAUCUGGAAGCUGCGUGUGUCUGCAGCUCACACAUGUUAGCUAGCUCGUUAGCACCGCUGCGUUAGCACUUAGCCUCCUCCUGGGAUUCACUCCAGUCAAUAAAUAACUCUUAACUCAUCUUAAAUCAUAAAAGCGCUCAUCCACAUCCCGGCUGGGGUUUUGUAUUUUUCACAACAAGCUGGGGGGCUCCCCCCUUAGUUUCUUUUCGGCUCCCUCAUGAGUAAUUGUUGAUAAGAGAAAAUGAAGGUGAAGAAAACGGCACAGGUCAAGGGCCCCGGCAAGUCUCAGAAGUGGAAAGAUGUGAGGGGUAAACGGAGCCGGCCUCCCGUCAGCUCCUCUCAGCUCAGCUCGUCUCCGGUCAUGGCCAAGAUGGUGAAAGAGCACAAGGCCACCGUGAAGAAGAAACCCUCGGUCAAGAGGCUGCAGACUAAAGCCAAGUCUGUGUCUGACUCUAAGAAAAACACUGCACAGGCUGCACUGACGAAGACCUACAGUCAGGCCAAUGGAAGUGCAGCAUUCACAAUGGACAACGAGUCCGACGACUCUCAGGAGUGGAAGGAGUAUUCCCAGGCUGUUCACAGGAACGGCGUGGGGGCCGAGGCGGACACGGAGGAUUUCCGACCGGGUCGACUGGAGGGAGAGGCGCUGCACUACUGUGCAGAGCGGGAUGAUCAGCAGAACCACGCAGUGCUCGUCAUGCAGAUGGAUCAGAACCUGUGUUUCCGGGGGAAGUGCUUCCUGACCUGCCUGUAUGGUCGUGUAGAAGUCAUGGGCUUCACUAUCGAAGAGGGCCAGCAGUCGUAUCCGCUCUUCUCCCCCGCCUCACAUUGUCCACUGACCAUCAGUGCCGUGGAAAGUUCUGCUAACUCCAGGGAUCACAGUACUGAGGCGUCACACAUCCUCCGGAAGUAUCUGUCAACAGCAUCUCAGAAGAAGUUGCUGAAAAGCGUAACGUCCCGCUCGUCCAUCAUCCUGCUGGAGCCCAUGGAGACGCCUCUGACGCGGUUUCUGUCGAGCUUCAAAGAGCUCAAUGAGUUGUUCAGCCCCCCGAUGAGUGAACUGGUGUCGGCCGUUCUCGACACUCCCCUCAAUGGUUUGGGAAUGAUUCCUCUGGUGAGCACCGUCGAGGGCCUGAAGUUGUCAAGGAGCCACAGAGAAGCUCUGACCUCAGUGGUCAGCGCCUGCAAAGGGGACAUGGAUGGUUGUGCAGUUAUCCUCGUAUGUGGAACAAAGAAUGUGGGAAAGUCGUCAUUUAUCCGAACCCUCAUCAACACUUUACUAAAUCACACCACGUGUGUAGAUUAUUUGGAAGGCGACCUGGGUCAAACAGAAUUCACCCCCGCUGGUUGUCUGUCGUUGUCAGUUGUCAGUGAACCACUUCUAGGUCCACCCUUCACUCACCAGCGCUCUCCAGAGCACAUGAUCUACUACGGUCAGUCGUCCUGCGAGUCGAACCUGGACCGGUACCUGGAGUCCCUGAAGUCCUUGUGGCGCCGACGCCCCCAGAGCAGAGAAACCCCCGUCAUUAUCAACACCAUGGGCUGGGUCAAAGGAUUCGGGUUCGAGCUGCUCGUGGACAUGAUCCGCUUCUUCCCGGUCUCCCACGUCGUCCAGCUCGGUCACAGCGGGUUGACCCAGUGUCCCGUCCUCAGUCCAGAGUUCCUGAGGACGGCACACGGCUUCCAGACGCACCCCCCAACCCAGACCGCUCUGGAGGAGUUCACAGAGAGCCACAGUCCCCCCCGAAGCUACACUCACCUCAUUGUGCAGUCUGAGUUUCAAGGGGUGGCGCGUCAAGGGACAGCGAAACACCAGCGCAGCAAUGAGCACAGAGAGCUGUCCUUGCUGGCCUACCUGAGUCAGCUGCAGUCUCCUGAUCCUGGACCAGUUAGGCCUCUACACAGCCUCACCCCUUACCAGGUGCCGCACUCAGCCGUGGCUCUAGGCGUGAUCCACUGCGAGGUGAUGCCCGGUCACAUGUUCUAUGCGGCCAAUGCCUCCCUGGUGGGGCUCUGCUGUCUGGCCGAGAAGAUCACGAGCAGAGGAGGUCCGGUCCUGUUGUCCCAGGCUCCCAUCUGUCCCUGUGUGGGCUUCGGUGUGCUUCGAGGUAUCGACAUGGCCCGAGGUCUGUACCUCCUGCUGACGCCUGUAGAUCCCUCCGUCCUGCGCAAGGUCAACUGUCUCCUGCUGGGAGCCAUCUCGCUGCCUUUCUUCGUCCUCACAACUCAGUCUGACCUUGAGGGGGAGAAGCCGUACGUCACAGCUGACUACAGCUUCGAUCUGACCGGGGCAGGGAAGCUGCGAGUCUUCAAGGGCCUGACGAGGCCCAGUCAGAUCGGGAUGUAAGGACUUUUUCUAGAGAAGCUUCACUUCAUCGCCUGUUUCCCUUCUGGACCGGGGGCCGAGGCAGACCCGGCCAGCACUGGCCUUUUGACUGGACAGAACCGAGGUGGAGUCCGGACACUUUUUCUUCUUCUCUCAUUUCACGAAGCUGCAAGGGGGGGGGACUGGGACUCUGGAGGAGACGGCAGCCGGACGCCGUGAAGGUGUCACAUGACCGAUGAUCUCACACCGUGUAGUUACAGCUCCAGUUGAUGUAUUUUAUCUGUGGGUGACAUUCCAAAAAAAUGAAAACUGCCACAAAUUAAAACGAGAAAACAACUUUUGUUCAGA